AUGCCCGUGGCGGGCGGGGAGGAUUUGAACCCCGGCCCUCCAGACUCCGGCUCUCUGCCGUGCGGGCGCUGGGAACUCAAUGGAAUCCCACUCCCUCACUUUCCCAGGACUCGCCUCCUCCAUCCCGCCGCUCCACCCCCGGGGAGUGAGGGGCAGGGCUUGGAGGGGUCCCCAACACAGAGGCCCGAGUCGGGGCGGGGGGCCCCGGGAAGGAGGGAGGGAAGGCUACCUGCACCGCUCCGUGGCUCCCGGGCGGCGGCUCCGCCCGCCUCCUCCUCCUGCUGCUCCGCCUCCCCUCUUCACCCGCCUUCUUCUCCGCCUCCUCCCUGCUCUUCGCCCACAGGCCGCAUGGCUCUUCUCCGGGGGAGGGCGGAGGUGGCGAAGCUAGGCAACCUCACAGGCCGCCGCAGCAGAGCCAGCGGCCGCCAUCUUCCACCCCCGACCAUGAAGGAAGGAAACAUCGAGUCCCGCCCCCGGCCCGGACAGACGAGCCCGCCAGCCAACCCAAAGCCAGCUCCCGCCUCCGCCCCGCCCACCUUCAAGGGCGGCCCUUCCCUCUGCUCUCGCCCCGCCCCUGUCCGCCGAGGGCCCUUAACCCUUACCCCGCCCCCUCAGUAA